UCUCCGGCCCCCUCCCCCAAAGUGCGGAUUGGACAAUACCACGGAGCCCGAGGACAGGGGGAAGCUCCGUCCUCUUGCCCACGGACGAGUAAUUGCGCGGAGGGUGAAUCUCCCGCCACGGCGCCCUACGACCUGCGGGGCUCAAGCGGAAAGUGCAAAUCUUAAGUCCAGAGACCUGGGACCCGCCGGACUCAGCUCCUGGGAAAGGUUGUGGGGCGAGGCGGAGAGCACCCCGCGGCUCCCCCUGCUGCAGGCUUGGAUCUCCGCGCCCGGUUGUGGAGCGUCGCGCGGGGAGGGGGCGGCGCAGGGCAGCGGCGGCUCGCGGUGUUGUUCGCUCGCGCGUCGCGCGCACCGCGGCUCGGGCGACCAGUGGGCGCCCCCGGUGGCAUUCCCGGCGGCCCGGCGUCUUAGCCAGUGCCCGGCGCGGCUUCCACCCCGCAGCCCGACGCUCCCGAGGGCCUCUCGGUGGAGUCCCAGCGCGGAGCGGGACCGGCGACCGCCGCCGAAGCAUGAAGAAGGGGUAAGGCGCGAGCCCCCCACGGUUUCACGGUGAGCUGGUACAGCGGUUGAUCUCAAGAUGCCACUGGUGAAAAGAAACAUUGAUCCUAGGCACUUGUGCCAUACAGCGCUGCCCAGGGGCAUUAAGAAUGAACUGGAAUGUGUAACCAACAUUUCCCUGGCAAAUAUAAUUAGACAACUGAGUAGCCUAAGUAAGUAUGCGGAAGACAUAUUUGGAGAAUUAUUCAAUGAAGCACAUAGUUUUUCGUUCAGAGUUAACUCGUUGCAAGAGCGCGUGGACCGUCUGUCUGUCAGUGUCACACAGCUGGACCCUAAAGAAGAAGAAUUAUCUUUGCAAGAUAUCACGAUGAGAAAAGCUUUCCGAAGUUCCACAAUUCAAGAUCAGCAGCUUUUCGACCGCAAGACUUUGCCCAUCCCAUUGCAGGAGACUUACGAUGUCUGUGAGCAGCCUCCACCGCUCAAUAUCCUCACUCCUUACAGGGACGAUGGGAAGGAAGGGCUGAAGUUUUAUACCAAUCCUUCGUAUUUCUUUGAUCUGUGGAAAGAAAAGAUGUUGCAAGAUACAGAGGAUAAGAGGAAGGAAAAGAGAAAGCAGAAGCAGAAAAAUCUAGAUCGUCCUCAUGAACCUGAAAAAGUGCCAAGAGCUCCUCAUGACAGGCGGAGAGAAUGGCAGAAGCUGGCCCAGGGUCCAGAGCUGGCUGAAGACGAUGCUGAUCUCUUACACAAGCAUAUUGAAAUUGCGAAUGGCCCAGCCUCUCAUUUUGAAACAAGGCCUCAGACAUACGUGGAUCACAUGGACGGAUCUUACUCACUCUCUGCCUUGCCGUUCAGCCAGAUGAGUGAACUUCUGACCAGAGCGGAGGAAAGGGUCUUAGUCAGACCCCAUGAGCCACCUCCGCCUCCGCCAAUGCAUGGGGCAGGAGAUGCAAAACCCAUACCCACCUGUAUCAGCUCGGCCACAGGUCUUAUAGAGAAUCGCCCCCAGUCACCAGCUGCAGGCAGAACACCCGUGUUUGUGAGCCCCACUCCCCCACCUCCUCCACCACCUCUUCCAUCCGCCUUGUCAACUUCUUCCUUGAGAGCCUCGAUGACCUCAACUCCUCCCCCGCCAGUCCCUCCCCCACCUCCACCUCCAGCCACUGCUCUGCCAGCCCCAGCAGUGCCCCCACCGCCAGCUCCUCUACAGAUCGCCCCUGGCGUUCUUCACCCAGCUCCUCCUCCCAUUGCUCCUCCUCUAGUCCAGCCUUCUCCACCAGUAGCUAGAGCUGCCCCAGUAUGUGAGACUGUACCGGUUCAUCCGCUCCCACAAGGCGAAGUCCAGGGGCUGCCUCCACCCCCACCACCGCCUCCUCUGCCACCACCUGGCAUUCGGCCAUCCUCACCUGUCACAGUUGCAGCUCUUGCUCAUCCUCCCUCUGGGCUCCAUCCAGCUCCAUCUACUGCCCCAGGCCCCCAUGCUCCAUUAAUGCCCCCGUCUCCUCCAUCACAAGUUAUACCUGCUUCUGAGCCAAAGCGUCAUCCAUCCACCCUACCUGUGAUCAGUGACGCAAGGAGUGUGCUACUGGAAGCGAUACGGAAAGGUAUUCAGCUACGCAAAGUCGAAGAGCAGCGUGAGCAGGAAGCCAAGCAUGAGCGGAUUGAGAACGACGUCGCCACCAUCCUGUCUCGCCGCAUCGCCGUGGAGUACAGUGACUCGGAAGACGACUCGGAGUUCGACGAAGUAGAUUGGCUGGAGUAAGAAGGUCGCGCUGCUGUGACUGCCGGACUGAAUGCACAUGUCCUUGUGGCGCUUGUUCUUUGAAAAUGUUUGGUCAUUCUAGUGUUUUGCUUCCCCUUCCUCAUAAUGAAUAACCCUUUUUCUCCAUAACUUUUGAUUUCUAUGAAAAGUAUUAGCAUAUAUUUCAAACUAAAUAUUUUACAGUGGCUUAUCUUCUCCUCCCUCCCCCCCGGAAAAAAUAUAAUUUGGUCCAAUAAACCACUAAGUAUUAAGCAUGGGCAGCCGUUGUUAGAGUAGCUGAUUCAGUUUUUGAUAUACCUUAAUUGUGCACUUUGUGAUUUGUUUUUUGAAUUUGAAGAAAGCACCUGAGAAGGAAAACCUCGAGGGCAGCUGUGUCUGCUGGUGAGCCUUAUUCCGUUUCCUGGUGUUCUCAGUGAAGAACACUGCCUCGAUUACAUGGAUACACAGAAAGAGCAUUUAGCUUGUAGUGUUGAAUUCUCUUAAGGAAUGGUUAAUUUUUUUUUGUUAUCAUUUUAUUGUUUUAAAUACUUGCCUUAUUUGAACGUUAGCAGAACCCCUUUCCCACUUAUAUAUUGUGUGGUACAGUUUUGCUUGCCUAUAGAAGUUUAAAUUUUUUCCAUGUGAGAUACUCAGAAUAAGCAUACGUGUAACUUACAUAAUGUGAGAAUAACAAUCUGAUGUAAUAAAUGGUUCAUUUUAAAGGUU